UUCCAUGGAUUUCAAUGGAAGGCAUAAAUUGAGGCCAUUUUUGCUUGCAUUGAUCAUGGUGAUCACUGGAUCGAUUAAUACUAUUAGUGCAAAAUGGGCAGAUAACUUAGUAGUGAAUAAUAAGCGGUUCAAUCAUCCAUUCGUUCAGUCAAUCUGCAUGUUUCUGGGCGAAUUGUCUUGUUUAUUCGUAUUUAUUAUUAAACGUUACUUGGAAAUUCGCCGACACCAGGAGACAGUAUCAGAAAUCGAUGAUAGUAGCAGUAAUAUUCUUAGUAGAAGAUCAAUUUCUGAGCAAAUAUUUCCAAAAUUAAAUUUUUGGGUGUUUGCUGCACCAGCAUUUUGUGAUGUUCUUGCGACUUCCAUUAUGCUAAUUGGUCUCAGCGCUGUAAUAUUAUUCACUGGUUUGUUCUCUGUUGCCUUCUUGGGAUCAUAUUUGCAAGGUUUUCGUUGGCUUGGUAUGGGUUUUAUUACUGUGGGUCUUGUUAUUGUUGGAGCGAGCAACAUUAUUUUUGACAACAAUCCUUUGGAUGAUUUAAAUGGAAUCAUAACAGGUGAUUUAUUGAUUGUAACUGCGCAGAUUAUCGUCGCAGUUCAGAUGGUUGUAGAGCAAAAAAUUAUGCAGGAAUUUAGUGCACCACCUUUACUGGUGGUGGGUUUAGAAGGCUUUUUUGGCUUAACAAUUCUAGCACUUCUGCUUACUCCGUUGUACUAUCUACAUGUACCAUCCACUUUCUCUACAAAUCCACAUCAUCGGCUUGAAGAUAUUUUUGAAGCUUUAAGAGAUAUACAGGCCAAUCCUUGGAUUGGAAUUGCUUUAUUGCUCACUUCUAUUAGCAUUGCAUUUUUCAAUUUCGCUGGUGUAUCUGUGACCAAAGAGCUCUCAGCAACAACCAGGAUAGUACUUGAUGGCAUUCGGACAUUAUUUAUUUGGUUGAUUUCUAUUCCACUGUUUGGAGAACGUUUUAUUCCCCUGCAGUUGCUUGGGUUCGCAUUGCUCAUAUUUGGGAUUUUUAUUUACAACGAUCUCUACUUUGGACCAUUUUUCCGUUUAAAUAUAUUACCACGUAUAUCCAAUAAUCGUCUGGCAGGUUGCUGUAUAUCAUUCUGUGGAACUGAUCUUUAUGCUGAUGAUCGCGCCAUACUAGUUCAAAAUAGUGCUGACUAAUA